AUGGGUGUUCCCAAGUUCUUUCGAUGGCUCUCGGAGCGAUAUCCUGCCAUUUCCCAGCUCAUCGCUGAAAAUAGGAUACCCGAGUUCGAUUGCCUCUAUCUUGAUAUGAACGGUAUCAUUCACAACUGCACCCACAAAGACGCUGGAGAAGAUGUUUCAUUUCGCCUCAGCGAAGAAGAAAUGUUCAUCAGAAUCUUUAACUACAUUGAGCAUUUGUUUGGCAAAAUAAAACCUAAGCAGCUCUUCUUCAUGGCUAUCGAUGGUGUUGCACCAAGAGCUAAAAUGAAUCAACAACGCGCUCGUCGUUUCCGAACUGCUCUCGAUGUCGAGAAAGCUCGCGAGAAGGCCAUCAAAGAAGGUGUUGAGAUGCCCAAGGAGGAACCGUUCGAUAGCAACUGCAUCACGCCAGGAACUGAAUUCAUGGCGAAGCUAUCGCAACAACUACGUUACUUUGUGAACAAAAAGGUAUCAGAAGAUGCCGACUGGCAAGGAUGCGAAAUCGUCCUUUCUGGCCACGAGGUUCCUGGCGAAGGAGAGCACAAAAUCAUGGAGUAUAUUCGAAACGCGAAGGCACAGCCCGGCUACAACCCCAAUGUGCGACACUGCCUCUACGGCUUGGAUGCGGACUUGAUCAUGUUGGGGCUCCUCAGCCACGACCCCCAUUUCUGCCUUCUCCGAGAGGAAGUCACAUUCGGAAGAGCUUCGAAAGCUAAAUCGAAGGAGCUUGAGCACCAAAACUUUUACCUCCUUCACCUGUGCAUUGUCCGGGAAUACCUGGAAAUGGAGUUUCAGGCACUGCAUCAAGAAGGAACAUUGAGUUUUCCAUUUGACCUCGAAAGAGUUAUCGAUGACUUCAUUUUGAUGGCAUUUUUUGUUGGAAACGAUUUCUUGCCCAAUCUCCCUGGUCUUCAUAUCAAUGAAGGCGCGCUGGCAAAUAUGUUCAAAAUCUACAAGACAGUGCUGCCUACUUGCGACGGAUACAUCAACGAGAACGGUGUUAUCAACAUGCCUCGACUGGAUAAGUUGUUGACGGAGCUGAGCAAACUGGAACUGGUGUCGUUUGAGAAUGACAUCUCAGAUGAAAAGUGGUUUGCGUCAAAGCAGAUGGAAAAGAAGCUUGAAGCUCAGAACGGUACCCGCAACAAGAAUCCAAGGACAGGGCAGCUCGUCAUCACUUCGUCUCAACGCGAUCUCUGGAAGUCGAAAAUCCGCCCCUUCGUGUCCAAACGAUCUGACGGCACCUUGGAUCUAGGAAAAGAUCUCAAGGCAGCUGAUCGUAAGUUUGUUCAAGACAUUGCUGAUGCGAUGCACUUGGACUGGGCGACAAAGGAGGAUGGGAACGGUGACCGCCAUCUUAUUUUGUCGUUUCCUGCAAGACCAGGUGGUGGCAAGGACGAAGACGACGACGACGACGAAGAUGAAGAGGAAGGAAACCUGGCAGCCUUCCGUGUCAUCAAAUCUUACGACAAGGCUUUAGUUGUUGACGUGACAUCAGAUGAGGCACAACAGCAGUAUGAGAAGCUCUACAAUGACAAGUAUGCUGGUUGGAAGACAAAGUACUACUUGCAAAAGUUCCCCGAGUGGGCCCCCGAGAAAUACCAGAACGAGCAGACCGAUUUGUGUCAAAACUAUGUUCAGGGUCUGCAAUGGGUGCUUUUCUACUACUACAAGGGUAUUGCGUCAUGGCCAUGGUUCUAUGGUUAUCAUUAUGCGCCUCUAAUUUCUGAUGUUGCCAAGGGUCUUGGUGCCGACCUCAACUUUAAAAAGGGCCAGCCUUUCAAACCUUAUGAACAGCUUAUGGGUGUUUUGCCAGACCGAAGUAAGAAGAUUGUACCAAAAGUGUAUCACGACCUCAUGACGAACCCAAACUCGCCAAUUAUUGACUUCUAUCCUCGCGAUUUCGAGCUGGAUAUGAAUGGUAAGAAGAUGGACUGGGAAGCUGUGGUGAAGAUCCCCUUCAUCGACGAGAAACGACUGCUUGACGCCAUGGCCACCAAAAACGACUUGCUGGAGGAUGAUGAAAAGGCACGCAAUGGAUUUGGUGUUCCGAUCAAGUUUACAUACUCCACAGACGUCAACUUUACGUACCCCUCUCCUCUCCCUGGAAUAUUUCCCGAAGUUCAAAACUGCCGCUGCAUUGAGAAUAUUUUUGAUCUGCCUGAUAUCGAAGGCUUGGAAUAUGUUUCGGGUCUAACAACCGGAGCCUUGGUGAAGGUUGAAGCUUUGGCUGGAUUUCCGACACUGCACACACUGCCCUACACUGCCCAGCUCAUUGAAGGCUACGGCAUCAAUGUCUUUCAGCAGGAGAGCAGAAACCCAAGUAUUGUCGUGACGCUGACUGAUACAAAACAACGCACGAGUAUCGAGGCUUUCAAGGCUAAGCUUGGUCAGCGAUGCUAUGUUGGCUACCCUUUCCUCCAGGAAGCUAAGAUAAUGAAGGUGCAAGAUGAGCUCUUUUCAUACGAACUUGCUGAAAAUGGCCAAGAUAUUGUCGCCAAGGAUCACACAAACAGGGACGCUUCAGACUUUGCCAGGGAAGCUGAAUUUUUGGAGAGUUGGCACGCAAAGCGUUUGGGCGUAACCAUUGGACAAGUGGAAUGUUUAGUUCAUGUUCACAUGCUCAGGGGCCUCAUCAAAACGGAAGAGGGUUCGCUGAUCAAGGAAUAUGCCGAAAACCCUAGCGUUCGCAGCGUUUAUGCAUCUCAGACCAUUGUCGACGAGGUCGUCAACGAAGACGAACGAUUCAUUGAGAAAGAAGCUCUUCCCAUCGAAGAAGAGUUCCCCUUGGGUACAAGAGCAUUUUUCCUUGGGGAGUAUGCCUACGGUCGUCCGCUGGAGGUUACUGGACAUAUUAAGGGCAAGACAGAAGUCAUCGUUUCCAGACCCAAGAAUAAGGAGCCCGAGUUUUCGAAGAAGAUUAUACACCAAGCUGAACGUACCAAUCCGUACACCCCGUCCUUUGCCGUGGCAAAACAAUUGGGAGUUCACCCAUUGGUUCUGAGCAAGAUCACAUCAUCCUAUCAGGUUAGCACCGCUGCGGGAUUGAAGCUGAACCUGGGCCUGAACCUCAAAUUUGAGGGUCGUAAACUCAAAGUGCUGGGCUAUUCACGAAAGUCACACACUGGAUGGGAGUUUAGUUCUCUGGCUGUGAAGCUUAUUGCUGACUACAUGGUCGCGUUUCCCGACUUCUUUGCCGCCAUCCAAAAAGAGCCGCAGAGAAACGACACGUGUGAAACGGACCUUUGGAACGAUCCUGCAAUGGCUUCUCAGCGCGUCAAGGACGUUGUUGCUUGGCUGAAGAAGCAGGAGACGAGCAAGUUUGAGCGAGUGCCUCUUGAGGCAGAGCAGCUCGAUUCGGAAGUUGUCAUGGCAUUGGCUGCGGCUGGCGAGCAAGUGUUCCAAUCCUCUCAGGAUAUCGACAUCAAGAAGCUGAAGGGCGUGCCACGUGCGGCGAUUUUGAAACCAUCCGAUGCAGAGUUGGUGCUGGGUAACCAAAACUUUGGUCUGGGUGAUCGUGUGACAUUUGUUGCUUCUGCAGGAAAGGUCCCGAUUGCUACUCGAGGAACAGUUGCGGGUAUCAGUAGAACUGCCACGGCUUUGCUCCUCGAUGUUGUAUGGGACACAUCAUUCAUGAGUGGUACGACUUUGGGCGAACGAGCUCCUAUGUUCCGUGGUCAGACGGUACCAUCCUCGUCCGUUCUGAACACGUCUGACAAGCAAGUUAUCUCUGCGUCGAGCAAGUCGCAGCAGAAACAGGCCACGUCCACCAUGUCGACAGGCUUUUACGGAUCUGUUGGCGUUCCCCAAUACAAGGACUCACCAGCCCCCGCUCCUUUACGUGGCGGCUGGCGCGGUGCUCUUAAUGGUAGUGGCCAUAGCACUCCUGGCCGCAAUUCUCCUAGCAGAGGCUCGCCUGGUCGAGGCCGUGGCAGCCCCAGCUUUGGCCCGCAACGUGGUGGCAACAACAACGGCACCGCACCAAACUUACUUCAUAGCACGCUGGUGUAUCGUGAAGGCUCCAAUGCUGCACCUCCUGCACAAGCUACCAAUGGCACCAAUGGCACCAAUGGCCGUGGUGGCGGUCGUGGCAGAGGUCGUGGCAGCUACCAAGGAGCACCUAGUGCACAGUCUAGCGCGGAGCAGCAAGGUAAAUACAGCAAUAUUCCACCUCCGGCUGCUCUGGACAACAACCGCGGAGGACGAGGUCGUGGCCGUGGGAGAGGUCGCGGUGGGCCUACCAGGGCAAGAGGAGGUAAUGGCAGGGGAGGAAGUGCUUCCCCGGCCGAGAGCUAA